UACCGCGGCCGCGGGGAGGGGGCCGCGCUCGCCGGGCUGCGCCCCCCGCCGCUGCCUCCCCGCUAACGCGGGCCUCCGCGCCGCACAUCGCCUCCGCUCGGCGGCUUCCCGCCGCCGCGCUGCGGCCGCGCAGCAUCCCCGGGGGGCGGCGGGGGCCGGCGGGGCGGCGCGGCGCGGCGUGGGGGGCGGGCGGGCGGCGCUCGGCUGGCGGAGCCCGGCGCCUCCCCGGGGGGCACGGGGUGGGAGGCGCCCCCUUCUCGGCGUGGGGAGGGGGGCAACGGGACGAGGCGGGUCGCGGGCAGCUGGUGGGAGAUGCAGACCUCGCCCUUCGGUGCCAGGGCGGCUGCUGCCGUCGCCUGCUACAGCCCCCGACGCCGGUGCUCCGAGCAGGACCCACCAAAACUUUCCUCCCGAACUAGGAGGAAGGCGGCGGGAAGGCUGGGCAGCAAACCGGGCAUCCUUCCCCCCCACGGUGCCGAGGCUGUGGUCCCCGCUGCCCCUUCCUAUCCAAAGGGAUGGCAAGUGCUUCCCAGCUUGGGGAACCGGGGGCAAAAGGGGCUUCUGCUGCUGCCCCGCUGCCCGUGGCCCUGGGGGCAGGGCAGCCUCCGGGCAGCGGCUCCCGCGGGGCCGAGACCUGCCGCGGGCAGGGAGGGAGGGGUCGGGUCAAGCCGUACGCAGGGAUUCCUCUGUCAUUCAUGCCAGAGCAGUCAACUCGCGUUUUCAAGGCACCAGCUUUGCUUUACCUGGCUGUAAGAUUUGCAAAGAUUUGUAUUUCUUUUUUCCUGUGAAAUCUGCCUUUACACGCAAGUUUUAUUUUUGAAUCAAUAUAUUAAAAAAAAAAACACAGCCAAAACAAACCCACAAAAUUUAUUGUCUAGGCAAAAUGGAUAGCUGUGAUUCAUGGUUGGAAAUGGGUUUAGCUCCAGCCAGCAGAGCAGCUGCCCUGCUCGGUGUCCCCCUGCCCUGCCGGGAGGUUACCCACAGUGCGGUGGCUGGUUGAUAGGGGUGAUGUGCCCGCACUCAGCAACUGGAGUUUUAAAAUAAGCCAAAAUUGACAGCAAGGAAAAGAAACCACCGCAACCACUGGAGCUAAAUCCACCUGUGACCAUUAAUCAGGCCCCUAAAAAUAUAUUGCUGUGUUUAAUCCCAAACCACAAAUUUACUGACUGAAGAAUUAUCAGAAUAAAUAUUUCUAACAGUAAGGACCAUUUAAAUCACUCGCAUAUACCAGCAGACCUCAAAAAGUACUCCAAAGGCAAUUUUUUCUUGUGGACCAAAUUAAGCCUGCCAGCAAUAGCCUUUUUUUCCUUAACUACCUUUUAGGAGUAGCUAGCACAAACACCCCCCACUCCACAUAUGACCUGACUUUGGUAAAAACUGACAGUUUCCAAAUGAACAUUUAAAAUAACAUAAAAGAGAUUUCCUAGCUCAAAAUCCUUUAUGGGCAAGUAGUAUCCUUUAUGGGCAAGUAGUACCCUUUAUGUAUUUUUUUUCCUUAAUAUUUUGCCUACAAAUGACAGGUGAAAUUUGGACUUGAGAUUGGAAACUGAAUUGAAGAAACUAGAUCUUCCGUUUAGAAAGAAUUAUAGUAUUCUAAUCAAAUAGAAAAGCUGGUAUUCACCCUAUUUAGUAAGAAACAUGAGAAAAGUGAAGAGAUUUUGGCCUGAUUGGUCCAAGCUUUGUAUAUGUUGUGUAAAAUAAUUGCUUUUUCACUAAGGCAGCCAGUGCUAUUGAUGACAUUUCUUUUUGCUGAUGUGUUUUCUUCAAACUCUGCCUUGCACAAGACUUUGUAAGAGGCACUUUUCCCUGCCUUACUCCUCAAAGAAAUAAUAAAUUACAAAUUUUAAGGAUUAUAAUUAUUAAGGAAAUAAAUGGCAAUGGAAGGGAAGGAUUUAGUGAUGAUGGCGUACUAACCAGAGGUUGGAUGUGUGGCUGGAGCUGAACAGUCACUUCGAGCCAUCAGAAACCAGAGAUAUGACAGAAGUCUCUACCGCCCUGUUGGGAUGUUCAUUCUGCCUCAGCAUUUCCUGAGUCAUCAGUGAACUGAUCCACCUUAAAACUAGCUAAACGCUGCAAGAGAUGUUGGCGAACACCAGCUGACAGGGCACAAAGUAGCAGUAAAAAUACUCAACAGACAGAAAAUACGCAGCCUGGAUGUGGUUGGGAAGAUCAAACGAGAAAUUCAAAACCUUAAACUCUUCCGGCACCCUCAUAUUAUCAAACUGUACCAGGUCAUCAGCACGCCAACGGACUUCUUCAUGGUCAUGGAAUAUGUAUCUGGAGGUGAAUUAUUUGAUUACAUCUGUAAGCACGGACGUGUUGAAGAGGCAGAAGCUCGACGCCUUUUCCAGCAGAUUCUCUCUGCAGUGGAUUACUGCCACAGACACAUGGUUGUCCACCGAGACUUGAAACCAGAGAACGUGCUGCUGGAUGCACACAUGAAUGCAAAGAUAGCUGAUUUUGGCUUGUCCAACAUGAUGUCAGAUGGUGAAUUUCUACGCACCAGCUGUGGUUCCCCAAAUUAUGCAGCCCCUGAAGUCAUCUCUGGAAGGCUGUACGCUGGCCCGGAGGUGGACAUCUGGAGCUGCGGCGUUAUACUCUAUGCCCUUCUCUGCGGCACUCUGCCUUUUGAUGAUGAGCACGUCCCCACCCUCUUCAAGAAGAUCCGGGGGGGUGUGUUUUACAUCCCUGAAUACCUCAACCGCUCUGUUGCCACUCUCCUUAUGCACAUGCUGCAGGUUGACCCCCUCAAGCGAGCAACCAUCAAGGACAUCAGGGAACACGAGUGGUUUAAGGAGGAGCUGCCCAGUUACCUGUUCCCAGAGGACCCUUCUUAUGAUGCCACCGUCAUCGAUGAUGAUGCGGUUCGGGAAGUUUGUGAAAAGUUUGAAUGCACAGAGUCAGAGGUUAUGAACAGCCUGUACAGUGGUGACCCUCAGGACCAGCUGGCAGUGGCUUACCACCUCGUCAUUGACAACCGGAGGAUCAUGAACCAAGCCAGUGAGUUCUACCUGGCCUCCAGUCCCCCCACUGGCUCCUUCAUGGAUGACAGCGCCAUGCACAUCCCUCCUGGGGUGAAGCCGCACCCCGAGCGGAUGCCGCCAUUGAUAGCAGACAGCCCCAAAGCACGAUGUCCUUUGGAUGCCCUCAACACAACAAAGCCAAAACCCCUGACAGUCAAAAAGGCCAAGUGGCACCUGGGAAUCCGCAGCCAGAGCAAACCCUAUGACAUUAUGGCCGAGGUGUACCGUGCUAUGAAACAGCUGGACUUCGAGUGGAAGGUGGUAAACUCCUACCAUCUCAGAGUGCGCCGCAAGAACCCAGUGACAGGCAAUUACGUGAAGAUGAGCCUGCAGCUCUACCAGGUUGACAACCGCAGCUAUCUCUUGGACUUCAAAAGCAUCGAUGAUGACGUGAUGGAGCAGAGGUCCGGCUCGUCCACGCCACAGCGCUCCUGCUCUGCUGCCGGCUUGCACCGGCCAAGGCUGAGCAUCGAUGCCGCUGCGGCCACUGAGUGCCAGUCGCUGAUGGGCUCUCUGAGUGGCUCCUUUGUCGGCAGCAUCCCCUCGGUGACGCCGCGCCUGGGGAGCCACACCAUGGACUUCUUUGAGAUGUGCGCCAGCCUGAUCAUGGCCCUGGCUCGCUGAUGGGCAGUGCCAAGGCACCGGUCCCUCCGCAUAUGGUAUUGCACUGAGAGGAUCCCAUCUAACUUGUCCGUCCCUUGUUUCUUCUUCUUUGUUCCUCCUCCUCCUCUUCCUCCACCCCUCACCACUCUAUAGCCUGCAACACAGAGCUAAUUCCAGACCCAAAACAUACUCUCCUCUAACAAGGCACUGAAGAAGUUAAGAAUAACUUUAUUUCACUUGUUAUACCGUGGUGAAAUAUAUCCAAUACCCUUUUUUCCUAGUGAACCAAAAAGGAAAUGUUGGCAUGGCUGUAAAGUAGCAGAUGUAUCACUGAUUUUUUGGAAAACGUCUCCCCCUGGGUUCAUCCUGCGUUAAUGGAGCCAUGGGCAAGCUUUCUGAAAUGUAGGUAGCGUGCAGUGAGGUUGAUGUUAUACCCCCUUUGCUGCACAGGGCAGGGGUAGGAUGGGCUGAGCCAGGCCAGAGGGGUCAACCAGGAGGUAUGUGAAGUGGGACGGAGGGGUAAUGAAGUAGUUCUGCGUUGUUUGCACCCAGGUACCGGUGGGGCUGCCGGCCUCUGGUAACGCUUUCCUCCUAAAACUAGCAGUUGCUUAGAUGCUUCUGCACUAGUGCAAUAUGCCAUCCCUCCCCUCUGGUUUCUUUCCCCUGCUAAAGAUGGGAUGGGAACAUGGGAUGUGCAAAGGUCCUGUUGCAAACAUGCCAUGGGAAAGCCUCCGUGUGUCAAGUCUUUGCAGAGGAGUGUCCCAUAAGAUGCUUUAUUUCUUCCUCCUGGGAGCCCCAGAUGGCACUGACCUGCUCACCAUGUUCAAAAGUGAAGGCUGCUUGCCUUUUUUCCAGCCCUUAAUCAUCACCCCUCUCCAACCCACUCACCCUCCCCUGCCUCACUGCCAGCUCCAGGGGCCGAAUCCCAAGCAGGAUUCAGAUGAGCCACCGAGGGAGGGCAGGAUGUUGAUGAGCCACCCGAAAAUCUGGCACUUCACCCGCACAUCGCCCAAGGGCAGAGAACGUCACUGCCAGGUGAGAGCCAGCAGCAUUGCACAGCUCCAAAGCAUUUACCUCUCACCUUCCCCAUAGGAAGCCUUUGCCUGUUGUCAGCACCCUAAAAUCACUGCCAAAUCUGCCUUCCCUGCCUUCCCCGCUCGCAGCUUCAUGCCACUGGAGACUCACUUUUCAUGCCGAAGGGCUCUCCCGUCCUGCUGCUGCUCACCGGACUGUGACCUUCACCACUCCGCUGAUAAGGCAGGGAUAUCUGAAUUCAGAGUUUUACUGUUUCUUUACUACUGGCUAUCUGAAGGAUAGGAUUUUAUUUUUUAAGACAAACUACAGGGAUUUUUAAGGUUAAAUUCUUGUUAUUCAAGGGUAAACUCUAAUGCAUGUGUGACUUCUUUGUUUAAAAGAAUUAUUAUUUUUGAUUACAUAGGCUUAAUCUAAUGGGCAGCACUGGUAUCUGCUUGGCUUCACUCUGGUAUUUAAUCAGUUUACUUGACUGCGAAGGAACGUAAUAGUCUAAUCAGUCAAGGAACAAACGCUGUAUGAAAACUUUGCCAAAAAAUCCUGGGUGCUUUUUUUGUUGUUUUGUUUUGUUUUAUUUUAAGAAACAAAGCAAAGGAGAACUUGAGCAAUGUUACUGGUCCCAGGUAUGCGGUCAUUCGACUUUAAAAAAAUUCACUCCAUCUUUUUGAUAGCUUCUUAAGACCCGUUGAGGUUUUUUGCUAGGUUUUUUUGUACAGUUGCACUUUAAUUUAUACUUUCUGCAAGUUUCUACGAGAAGCAAGGGAGAAAAUUACACAUUAAGCCUUUUGUACUAAUCAUUUUAGGUAACGAAGACAAAUACAGGAUAUUUUUGCCAUCUACUGGCAGUUAAGUGGACAUUUUCAGCUUGAAGUCCCCUUUUUUUAAAAAAAAAAAAAAAAAAAAUUGCCUUACUUUUGUUACAGAUUAUACUUGGAUUGCCACUAACGUGACUUUACAGCUCCAAUUUUUCCAGAAGCCGCACAAUCAAGAAAGCUUAAAAUAAAAAUAAAUCAGUUUUGCUGUUAGGUUCUCAUACGCUGAAUCCAACACAGCAGUGGUUGGAUUAUAAACCCCGCAGCAGAACAAUUUUGUUUUUAAAAGAAACACUGGAAAUAUUUGUAGUACUCCUAGGUUUUGUAAUGAGCUUUUUAUUAUAUUAUUAUAAAAUAAAUACUCUGGGGUAGAGGAUGGCUUUGGUACUAUGCCUGUUGGCUAGCUGAUGAUGCAUGUCUCUAGCUGUGGUGUGAACAGGUCAUACCUGGCAAGGAUGGAGAAUCCAGACUCCCACGUGCAAAAAAAACCCACCCCAGAGCCAAAGCUGAACAGCACCCAGCACUUUAGCACCUCUUGGAUCCGCGCUGAGACACAAGCAAAUUCUGAGCAAACAGCCCUAAAUGGUUUUGGGUGCUGGAGAUAAGCCACUUUGGAAAGAAGCAGGAGAGGGCAGCUGAGCGGCCAUAGGGACAGACAUUAAUUUUCAUCCAGGAAACAGUUAGGAGUGUCCAUAACCCCGCCAUGAAAUGCAUUUGAAAUGUAAAAGGCUGUUUAAAUCAUCACUCAACAGAGCAUCUUGCCAAGUCACUUGUCCAGGAAACACCUGUUACCCAGUUGAUAACGGGCUGGUGCAUUAGAUAUAAUCUGCGGUUCAGGAGUAUGUAGAUGUAGAGGUGUCUUGCCUCAAAAUGACACUUGUUCCCUGGGAUUUCCUACCCGCAGAACUAAUAGUAUUAAACAGCAGCAAAUGCCCUUGGGAGGAAAUAUUUGCUUCCUGGAGGUGCGUGGGAUUUCUAGGUGGUAGGAUAAGCCCUUGUGGCACUUGGCAUCUUCUCAGACCCAUGCAAACAUUAACUCCAUAUAUGGAUCUGCAAAACCAGGCCUGCCUAGAAGGCAGUAAGAGUGGCUCAGUUUUCCAUAUGGAGAGAAACAAAGAGAUGAAGCAACUUUUCUGCUUGAUGUCAGCAAAGUCAGUGGCGCGAGGAAGUACCUCCUCGAUGAACACAUUGGAUUAAACUGUUCAUAACAGCCUUACCCAAAUCCACUUUGCAUUUUGAAAUGUUUUGAGAAGUUUCACUUUUUAAAAAUUUAUUUUACCUUCAAAUAGGCUGUCUUCUCGUGCCCAGCUGCAGAGAAGCUGCUGAACUUUGGUUACAUUUUCUAGAGGAAAAGUUUAACUUACACAGUUACACCGUGGUCAGUUUUUCUGAGUUAUGCUGGUACAUGCAGGUGCAUCAGGAAAAACAGGGUAGACAUAUUUUACUACAGAAACUUGAAUUACUGCAAGUGCAAUUCUUCGAAAGCCACUGGACAGCUGUGCUUUGCAAGCCACAAACUCACCUAAACUUUGCUUCAGCCCAAGGGAGAGAGAGACAAAAUUCAAAGGAUAAUGUUCAGUUAGGCUCCAGCAUUAACCUCUAGCUCCUGGAUGAGUUAAUUCAGAAAUAUCUUGUACUACACUAGUGGCCAAAUAUAUAUAUGUAUAUACUAUAUAUGCAUACAAAUAUGUGUAGCUAUACAUAUAUAAAAAAAAAUGUAGGUAGUAUCCCUGUCACUGGCCUCUCAGUUCUGUUUGCCCAGCGGGGUAGGUGGACACCUGCCAUUGCACACACUAAUCCUGGCGUGCAAGAGGACACGGAGAAAAGAGUUGGUAUUUUUACACCCUCUUCUAGGUAAAGCCCAGGAGUAGCUUAGCUGACACCAUCGGACCCAGCACGGCCUCAGCGGGGCAAGGGAGGAGAGGUGGUGUUUGGAGCCGUGAGCAUCCUACCCUCCCACCCUUCCCGGCCAAAGCACUGGUGCCAGUAGGGUUUGGGGCAGUUCUAUUUUCAGGAGUCAGAGAUGAGCAGGCGAAGGCAGCGGGAUUUUUUCCCUCUUAACGGGUCAGAAAUGCAUCUUCAGUGUGUGUGUGUCCAGUUUAGCAUUUCAUAAGUUGUGUAGGAGCACGGGGUGUGGGCAGUAUUGUAAAAAUGAAGCAACCGGUUAGUUUCUGUUGUAUAUACAUUUUUUCAUGUGAUUAUGCUAUUUGUAUUGGAAUAGAUGAAGUUCAAACAAAAUAACCAUUCUGUCUACUCCUUUUCAUUUUACUGCUCUUUAUCAUCAGUCACCUUGUGUGCACCCAUACAGAAAGAAGAGAGAUCUUUGCACAGGACAUGAAAUUGUGCCUUCGAAAUACAUUAGGACUGCUGGAAGUUGCAGCUUUAUUUCACAAGGUGCACAAAUCCCCCAAUUUAUGCAGUAUCUUACUGGUGAGACAUGCAGGCCAUGUUUCUAAAUACUUGAAGUACCAUUUGUUGUGCAGUUAUUUGGCUUCACCCUUUUAUUAGCUGAGAGGAGAGGGGGAAGAAGACUCACACCUCCAUCCCUUUGGAUGAGCUGGACAAAUCCCUGCUCCAGCUCCUGCAGUAUUUUACUGGCAAGUUUAAGGCUCCAUUUUUUGUUUCAGGUGUAUGAUUUAGCUACUGGAGUCCUCUUUCUUAAGGUCUUACUUUGGUAUGGGGUUUCCAUUUAGUGCUUUCCUUUGGCUUCCUCAGCCCUCCCCUUAUAUAUUCCUUUUCAUCAUUCACUUAUGAAAAAGCAUCAGCUUCUUGUAAUUCUGAAUUUCCAGGCAGCUUCUUGGACAUGGCGUUAAUGAUGCAUUCGGAGGUACUCACUCUGGUUUUCAGAAUUCCGACAUACUCUUGACAAACACUGACUUGCAGAGAGCAAAUCUAGUGUUAUUACGUGUACUCGAUAUACAUAUGUUUGCUCAUUAGGAGAACUGGAGAGUAAAUCAGAGCUCAACUGCAAAGCAUGAGUACACUUUUGGUGUUACAAAAAGUCUGUUUUCAACAAAAGCCUUGAAAUUCCUGCUGAAGCUGCCUUAAUUAAAAAGAAAAUCAAAGUUUAUUUGUAAGACCCAUCUCAAUGGGGUUUUUUCAAGUUCUGAAAUUAUUUAUCCUCAUCUCAUGAAGCUGUGAAGUACGUACUGUCAACAUGGUAAUAUUUAGUCUUGUUGCUGGAAGCAUGUUCAUGUCUUCUGUAUCAUGUUAUGUUCAUGUAUUUUGUACCUCAAUGCAUUUGGGUUUGGGUUUUUUGUUUUGUUUUGUUUUGUUUUUCUUUUUUCUUUCAGAGCACGAAGCAAAACUGAAUCCCAGGAUAACUGUAGCGUCUGUAGCCCAGCAUCUUUGGGCAGGCAAACCUCAGCUCUAUGAGAGAAAUGAACUGGACUAGUCCAUUGUAAUUUUUUUGUCCAUAUUAUAAGGCGUAUUUAUGAUACUAUAUAUUUAUGAUUUUUUUUUUUUGCUGAAAUACUGAACUUUAAAAAGCUCUGAGUAUAAAAGCAUCCCUUCAAACGUAUCAUUAACAUGAAGCUCAGAAAAAAUCCUGAGCUCUGUAGAUACUCCAUCCUUCUCAGUAUUUUCUAUAUUGUCAACUGAUGGACUGAGAAGGUUUUGUUUUCAAAUUAAUUGCUUUAGUACUUUCUGGGGCUAGCUGUUGUGGAAGGGCACAGAGCCUAGGUUCAGUUUUGUCCUUUGUGCAAGUAACUGUGCUUUAGAUAAUCACAACGAAGCCUUUUACCUUCCAUUUAUGGUGUGGAAAGUGUUUCUUGACACUGCAUGUGAUAGCUGUCUCCAUGGCUGACAUUUGCACUUUAAUAAACUCAGAGAUUAAAAGAGACAAGAGCAACAAAUCCUAAAACUUACUUAUUGCACAAUCCCUUUUUGCAGGCUGCAGUUGGCUGGAAGCGUUUGCCUCUGGAGAUGCUCCCAGCACAUCCUGGCUGCAGAGCCAUGGAUGCCCCAGGCCUUUGGGUGGUGAAGAGGCAAGGAGGGGAAUUUUUUUAAAAAUACAUAUAUAUAUAUAUAUAUAUAACAAGAACAGCUUUCCCAUCCCCAAAAUACAUGCCAGGAGCCAGGCCUAAAGAUUUUCUUGUAUAGUAACAUGCAUCCAGCAAUGCUGAUGGACCUGUGCUGACUCAGAUCUUGAUUCCUCAUGCAAAAACUUGGAGUGAAGGAUUUUAAAAAUAUCUCCUUUCUUUGCAGGAAAGGAGCUGGGGGUGGGGGUGGAAUUGGGGCCUUAGUUCAUAUACACCUGUGAUGCAGAGGGAUGUAAAUCCAGUUUAAGCACAAAGCUGCAGUGGGUGGUCCAGCUUCAUCCCUGUUCAGUGUCUCUCUUUUACACAAUUUAUGUGGUACAGAAUUGGCUCCUAAGAAGUUUCAGUUCUCCCUCAGAUUCAGCAAAUCAGAAUGGUUAUCAUGAUGAUCUCCAUUUUGAGAAGGAACAUGGAGGAAUAGGGUUUAAAAUUCACAUGAAAAUUUCUUCAAGUUUUGAUGUGCCUAGGAUGUACCAGCAAGGCUAUUGUCAUGGUUGAACCCCAGCCAGCAACUCAGCCCACGCAGCUGCUCACUCACUCCCCUGCCCCGGUGGGACAGGGGAGAGAAUCAGAAGAGCAAAACUGAGAAAAACUCAUGGGUUGAGAUAAAGACAGUUUAAGAGGUAAAGCAAAAGCUGUGCACACAAGCAAAGCAAAACAAGGA